AUGGAUGAGUUCCAGCAACGGCUUCUGGCAGCACAGGAAAGGUCUCCAUCCCUCGAGCAAACACCACUAACUAGGGAGUUUGAGGCAUUCAAAAGCUCAGUACUGUUCUGUCUCAAGAAUCUCCAGGCUCAGAUGGAAAUUCUUUUUAAGGUGCAAGAGGAGCAGGAAAUGCGCAGCACGCGUAAGUGUUUGUUGUUACAUGGCAUUAAUGAGUCUAAGGAUGAGAACCCAGGGACAAUUGCUAACAUAUUACCCGUUCUGCUCAAAUGCCCUAAUAUAAGUGAAGCUAGUUUUAGUCGGUGUCACAGAGUGGGUAUAAGACGUGAUGAUAAGCCUCGCCCUGUACUAAUUAAGCUAAGGGAACAUUGUGACAAGGACAAAAUUUGGUUGCCUAAGUCUGGUUUAAAGGGGACCGGCAUCACCAUAUCCGAGUUUCUGACCAAAACCAGGCAUUAUUUGUUUAUGGCUGCAAGAAGGCAUUUCGGAAUCAGCGUUGGACCAGGAAUGGCCACAUAUAUGUUAUUGGGGCUAACGGUAACAUCACCCAAGUUAAAAUCUCGAACCAGGAAGAUCGCAAAGAACUGA